AUGACCUUUGAUAGAGGUCCUCAGAUGGGCGACCUUGCAAAUCAUCCCAUAGUUCACCUCCCACGGUUGAAAGAUAGGAAGGACUACAAGCAUAUUCACAAGAAGAAAGAUAUGACUGCAAUUACAGAGGACAGUGAUGAUUGCUCAACAGAUAGAGAAUUAUUUUCCAUCUCGAAAUCCUCAAUGAACAAGGAGUGUAUUCUUAAUUCUGGAUGUACUUAUCACUUGGUCAUUAAAACUGAAAAGAUCGUCAUCCGACCAUAUGAUGGUGGAGUUAAAGUGCUAAAGAAUGUGAGGCACAUUUCGGAGAUAAAAAGAAACCUCAUAUCCCUAGGUGCGCUUGAAAAUGAGGGUUACAGAUACAAGUCCAUGAAUAGAAACUUAAGGAUCACUAAAGCUUUUUUUGAUAAUAAUGAAAGUGUUGUUGGUUACGUCAUGGCUUCCAGUAGCAGAAACGAUGGGGAUUUAUCUAAGAAAUGGGCUGAUAUGUGUCUGGACGAAGAAGAAGAUACAGAGGCAAUUUUCGACGAAGAAGACGGUGAUGAAACAGAACCCGAUUUGGACGACCGCUGGUGUUUGAUAGGAAGGCUAUUGACAGGCAAAGUUUCGGACUUCCUUGUCUUCCAAAACAUAAUGGCCGAUCUUUGGAAACCCGGAAAAGGCAUGUACGUGAAGAUACUAGAGCAGAACCGAUUCCUUUUCCAAUUUUACCACGAAAUUGAUAUUAGAAGAGUGAUCAAUGGCAGCCCAUGGACUUAUGACAGGAAACAACUUAUAAUCGAGCGCCUAAAACCAGGUGGUAAUCCAAAAAACGUAAUGCUGAAUACACUAGAUUUGUGGGUGCAAAUCCAUGAUUUGCAAUCUGGAUUUCGAACGGAGAAAGCUAUCCUCGAGGCAGGUCGAUUCAUUGGCGAGUAUUUAGAGGCUGAUCCGAACAACUUCACCGGCGUCUGGCGAGAAUACUUUAGAGUUCGAGUGCGGAUCAACAUUACCAUUCCGUUGAAACGGAGGAUGAAAUUCAGACGCAGGGGGAAUGAUACGUUCUUUUAUGCCAAUUUCAAAUAUGAGAAGGUUCCCACAUUUUGCUUUAUUUGUGGAUUGCUAGGACACUCCGAAAAUUUCUGCUCUAAGCUCUACGAUACACCUGCGGAUGAGAUAGUGAAGCCGUAUGGGUUGUGGAUGAAGGCUCCUAAUCGACGGCAAAAUUUUUUGACAGCCUCACCAUGGCUGCGAUCGGGGAAGACAGCUACUCAGGCCAGCAAUGAGGUGCCCACUGAUGAAGCAAUCAACAUUAACUCUCCUUCCCAAUUUGCGCCUGAACCAAAGAACAAAUCGCAUCCUAUGGAAUCAGAUCGUGACAUAUCCGUGAAUGAAGGUACCGUGGUUAUUUUAAAGGAAAGUGGUAUUAAAUUCUCUUCUGACUUGGAAUUUGAAAUAUCAGAAGGGAAAAGGAAAAGAAUAGACUCUCUCUUUAAUGGGCCUAUUAAUAAUAAUAGUGGGCCGGUGGAAUCAAGCAUUAGUCUUGCUACUUUGAAAAAUACCACAAAUACAGAGGGCAGCUCAAAAAACGUUUCAAUGGAAGUUGUGGACCGAAUAAAAAAUAGAUUGGGCUUUGAUUCUUGUUUUACUGUUGAGGCUAUUGGGCGGUCUGGUGGGCUAGCCUUUUUCUGGAAAAACGCAGAUGAAGCCCGACUGUUGGGAUAUUCUCAGAAUCAUAUUGACUUUGAGAUCACGAUUUCUGGUACGACACCUUGGCGCCUCACCGGUUUCUAUGGUGAACCAAACCGAUCGUUACGCUCACGGACGUGGACUCUCCUUCGAACCCUCUUCUCUGAAUCGCACCUUCCUUGGUGCUUAAUUGGGGACUUCAACAACAUUGGUAACCAAGCAGAAAAACGAGGAGGCCGUGCUUAUCCUUCUGCGUUAAUCACCGGUUUCCAAUCAGUUCUCCACGACUGUUCCCUGCAUGACCUGGAGCUUCGCGGAUAUCCUUUUACAUGGGAACGAGGCCGUGCGUCUGGCAACUUGGUAGAGAUAAGGCUUGACAAAGCCUUAGUUUCUCAACGAUGGCUCGAUCUCUUCCAUCAGGUAACCUUGACCAAUCUCUCUGUUUCAUCUUCGGAUCACACUCCUAUUUUUUCGGAAUUUCAUGACAGCCCCCACCUUGAUAAUGUUUUCCAUUUUCGGUUUGAAAAUUCCUGGUUCCGUGAACCCAUGUGUGCUCAGAUUGUGAAAUCCUGUUGGGAAAAUAAUAGUCACCUUACUCUGCUUGAAAAGAUUAAUCUGUGUAGUUCUCAAUUGGAAAAGUGGGGGAAAACUCUUACUGGAAAUUUUAAAAGUCGCCUAGUCAAAAGCAAGAAAAAGAUGGCUGCUCUGAAACUUUCGGGCAUUGAUAAUUGUGAUCAGGAUUAUGCAACUGAGAAAAAUAAUUACUUUGAGAUCCUUGCUCAGCAGGAAAUUUACUGGAAGCAGAGAUCCAAGCAGUUUUGGUUAAAUGCGGGAGACAAGAACAGCAAGUACUUUCAUGCCACUGCAAGUUCACGAAAAAGGAACAACCAGAUUUACCAGCUGCAAAAACCGAAUGGAGAGUGGUCAGGUUGGGACAAUGGUCUGAACGAGGUAAUAUCUGACUAUUUUAUUAAUCUGUUCACAUCCAAUGGCACUUUUCAAAAUACUGUUGCCAAUGAUAUUCGGUGUAGCAUUGAUGAAGCUCAAAAUCAUAUCUUAUUACAACCUGUUACUCCUGAUGAAGUUCGACAUGCUCUCUUUCAAAUGCAUCCUGAUAAAGCCCCUGGACCCGAUGGCAUGGGGCCAGGCUUUUAUCAAAAACACUGGGAUGUGGUCGGUCCGGAUAUAGUAAAUAUGGUCACUGAUUUUUUUGCUUCUGGUGUCAUUCCUACUGAUCUGAAUAUCACAAAUCUUGUACUGAUCCCCAAGAAGAAAAAUUUUGUCUCCAUGAGUGAUAUGAGACCGAUAGCCCUUUGUAAUGUGUUAUAUAAAGUGCUCUCUAAGGUCAUUGCCAACCGUAUGAGAGGUAUUAUUGAUCAGAUUAUCUCUGUGAAUCAGAGUGCUUUUAUCCCUGGUAGACUUAUCUCUGAUAAUGUGAUGAUUGCUUUUGAGGUGAUGCACUAUUUGAAGCGAAAAACAAAAGGCAAGAAGGGGUUUAUGGCACUUAAACUUGAUAUGAGCAAAGCAUACGACCGGGUUGAGUUGAACUAUCUUCAUGCAGUUAUGUCUCAUAUGGGAUUUCAUUCGAAGUGGAUAGAGCUUGUUAUGUCCUGUAUUACCUCGGUCAGCUAUAAGGUAAUCCAUGGUGGUCAUGUUGUUGGUCCUAUUACUCCAUCUCGCGGUAUUCGGCAAGGUGACCCACUUUCCACUUAUCUAUUCAUCAUGUGUGCUGAAGGACUUACGGCGCUUAUUAAUAAGUUUGAAGCAAGACGGGCUAUUCAAGGAUGCAAGGUGGCUCGCGGUGCCCCUUCUAUCACUCACAUGCUUUUUGCCGAUGACAGUUAUCUCUUUUGCCAAGCCACUACAGAAGCUGCUACGAGUGUAAACUCCCUCCUUCAUAUGUUCCAAUUGGCUUCUGGGCAGCAAGUAAAUUUUUCUAAGUCAUCGAUCUUCUUUAGCCCUAACACCACUGUGCAACAUCGUUCUAGUAUUUGUUCUGUGCUUGGGAUGGUUGAAGCCUCAGAGGGCAGUCUGUAUCUUGGCUUACCUAAUAUUAUUGGUCGAAACAAGAACUCUAUUCUCGGCUUCUUAAAGAAUAAGGUCAUGUCUCGUAUCAAUAGUUGGGAUGGUAAAUUUUUAUCUCGAGCUGGCAAGGAAAUUCUUCUCAAGACUGUGAUCCAAUCUUUGCCAACAUAUGCUAUGAGUGUCUUCCUAAUUCCUCUUGGCAUUUGUGAGGAUAUUGAGAAACUUAUGGCUAGUUUUUGGUGGAAGACAAGCUCAAGCAAGGGUCGUGGUAUUAUAUGGAUGUCCUGGGAAAGAAUGGCGACUCCAAAACUAGAAGGCGGUAUGGGAUUCCGACAUCUUCAUGAUUUUAAUAUUGCUAUGCUUGCUAAGCAAGGCUGGAGACUCUUGUGCCAACCUGACUCCUUGGUGGGGCAAAUUUUUAGAGCCAAAUAUUUUCCUACCACUGAUUAUCUCUCAGCCGAAUUGGGAAAUAAUCCCAGCUUUGUCUGGCGUAGUAUCUGGGCCGCUCAAAAGGUGGUCCGUCAAGGGGCUGUUCGUAUCAUUGGAGAUGGAGAAACUACCAGAAUUCUUUCAAAUCCAUGGCUUCCUGAUCCGGACAAUAGACUUGUUACUUCAACUCAUCCAGCUCUCUUGAAUAAUAAUGUGAGUUCUCUCCUCUCUGUGGGUACUCGUAGCUGGGAUUCAGAUAUCAUCGAUGAUCUGUUCAAUAAUCGGGAUGCUAGCUUGAUACUUGGUCUUCCUUUGUCUCCUAAUGUUGACUCUGAUUUUUGGUCAUGGUCAGGAGACCAUACUGGGCUUUUCUCUGUCAAAACUGCCUAUCUCCUGCUGCAGAAAAAUAAACCACGGCAUCCAAGACCUGAUAAUUCUGGAUUUUGGCGUAAACUGUGGCAAUUGAAGAUCCCGCCUAAAGUUAAGAAUCUGUUAUGGCGUGCUGUUACUGGUUGUCUUCCCACUUGUCUUCAAUUGGUGACAAAACAUGUAAGUAUCUCUGCAAUCUGCCCUGUUUGUACUGAUCAAGCUGAGUCUACUGUCCAUGCUCUUCUCACAUGCCCCUUUGCUAUGUCAUGUUGGCGUUCCCUUGGUAUCACUUAUGACCCGGUACAUCCAUUAUCUUUUGGUGGCUGGUUUGAGAAAGCUCUUAUGAACCUUGAUGAGGAGAUUGCUCCACGAGCUGCUAUGUUGUGUUGGGCAAUUUGGAAGGCCCGAAAUCUUGUUGUAUGGAAAAAUAAAGUAUCCUCAAGAACCGAAGUGAUUGCAUCAGCUCGAAUAACUCUUGAUCAUUGGCGUAACGCUCAAGAUAACACUUCCUUAUCUUCUCUAUUUUUGGAUAAUAGAGGAGAUGGAGCUGAGCGCUGGACUACACCUGAAGCAAAUAAAAUCAAGAUAAAUGUUGAUGCUGCACUCUUUCCACGGGAUAACUCUUAUGGUUUCGGGAUAGUUGCUCGGGAUAGCCUCGGUAAGCUUGUUGAGGCUAAAUCAUGCUACUUCAGAGGUACUUAUGAUGCGGAAGUUGUUGAAGCAAUGGGAGUCAAAGAAGCUCUCAGCUGGAUUAAAAGUAAGAAUUGGUCUGAUGUUGAGAUUGAGACUGAUAGUAUGCUCACUGUGCAAGGCAUUCGUAGUAACCAAUCCUUAAAUUCUAUUUUUGGCUUGAUUAUUCAUGACUGUCAAGUUUUAUUUUCUUCUCUAAAUAAUGUUAAGCUUUGCUUUAUUAGACGAUCAGCAAACCGAGUUGCCCAUGUUGUGGCUAGGCACUCUUGUUUUCUCUCUGGUCGUAGCAUUUUUGAGUAUAAUGCUUGGGACGAGUUACUCUCCCUUUUGUAUUCUGAAUGCUAA